AUGAAAAAGUGGCUGUAGAAAAAAUUGAAUUAAAAACUUUCAGAUGAUUAAAAUAAACAUAGACUUACAAGAAAAGAAAGGUAUAUGAGAAAAUAUUUGAAUUCAGAAAAGUGUUAUAAUUAUUGGGAGAUAAUGACCUCCAAUAAUUUAAUUUAAGUAAAUCUAAAUAGAGAUUCAUAAGGAUUUAGUAAAUAAAUAUAAGAAAUCUUUAAAAGUCCUGAACAAAUCUUUGAUGUUGAAUUGCAAUAAAAAUUAAUGGAUUUAUAUGCUCUCUAAUAGGAAUAAACUCCAGUAUUAGCAAUAUUUGCAGUUGGAUUUCAUCAUAAAAGGGGGUCAGAAAUUGAAUACUGUUACCCUGAAUUGUCAUCAUUGACAAAUGAUAUUGAGAAUAUUGUUAACACAGUGACGACAUGUGCUUUGCCAGAUGCAGUUCAUAAUGCAAAUGAAGACUACUUAUAUUUUAAUUUUGAUGCAUAAAUCAAUGGUCAGACAAAAUAAUUGUUUGGAGUAACAUGCUUCAAAUAGAUUAAAGUGACAGAGGAGUUAAAAAAGCAGAACCCAGAAUUAACUAGAGGACAUAUCUAAAAAGCCAUUUGCCUUUUAUCCUUCGUACCACUCUUUGGAUAUAUCAAGAGCAGGUUGGAACCAACUAUAGAGGCGUAUUUUCAAUUAUAAGACUUUAAAGAUAUGUCAAUUUUAAAUUAUGCAUUUGACAGCAUUUAAUAAACCUUUGAUUUAAGGAAUGUUGAGAUCUCAGCUUUAUACACCGAUACUAAUUUGAUAGGAGUCUUUUGGAUUUUCAAAGAUAAAAUACUUAAAAUCUUGAAGGCAAUUUAAUAUUAGAUGAAAAUAAUUAUAUACUCUUAAUCUUCUAGUGUUUGCUCUAGAUUUAUAAUCAGUUUAUUAUCUCUGAUUCCAGGUUUGUUAAAUUUUAAUUUGUAAACCAAAAAGUCAUUACUAUAGGCAAGCUACUUGAGUAAUUUUGGAUUGCCCUUUAAAAUAUUUAGUGAGACCUAUCGAUUAUUUAUGCAUUUUAGUGUGACCGAUAUCAAUAUGCUUCAGAGUAAAAAUCUUAAAGGGUAUUUGAUUGGGACUACGAACAAAUUUAUCAAAGGUCUCAAUCAAUUGAAUCCGGAUAUCAUUAUAGAUGUGGACACUGGAGAACUAAAUAUCUUAAGAGAAUAGCAUAAGAAAUUAUUAAAUCUUAAAUUAAUUGAAAAAUAACUAUACAGUGCCAUUAAUACAGAUUGUUUAAAAUAAUUGGAUUUGAAUUAAUAAGAUUUGUUAAAGAGAUUGAUUCCUAUUCAAAGUCAGAAGAUAACAUUUCAAGGAAGUGAAGAUUGGAUCAGAAAAAUAAUACAUGAUCAUUAAAUAAAACUGUUAUCAGAAAUUAGCUAUUUUUUUAUCAAUUUAUAAACAUUUGAUGAAAGAAUAAAUAAAUUGACUGCAAUAAGAACCAGAAAGAGUAUGAUAAUUAAAUAAGAAAUAAGUCCAUAAGAUAGCUCUGAUGAUGAUGAUAAUGCAUCUUAAGACCCGUAAAAAUUAGAAAUAAAGAAGCAUAAAGAAGAUUUGGUUAAUGAAUUAAAAAUUAAGGAAUAUCGUAAUCUGCUAUAUGAUUUAAUGAGAGUGAUAAGAAAGCAUAAUAGAAAAGGAAUCAUACAUUGGAUAACUAAAACAGAGAACGGACUAAAAUGGCUAAAAUCAUUUGAUUAUUCUAUCAUUACUAAUUCUGAAUGUUUUGAUAAAAAUUCAACAGUCCCAUUCUACAAAGUAUUUGAAAAUGCAGACAUUUUUAUUGGAAAUAUGUAAUAUGGAGGAAUGAUUGAAUUGUUUUAAAAAAGAGUAUAUUUAGGGUAAAUCCAAGACUUCCUACGACAUGGUUAGGGAAGAUAUGAAAAGUUAAUGGAUAAGAAAUUUUAAUACAAGGGUCAAUUCAAAAAUAAUAAAUUUCAUGGAGAUGGCAUACUGAUUGUUGUCAAUGAAUUUUAAUAUGAUGGUCAUUUUGAAAAUAAUCAAUUUAAUGGCUAUGGUAAUUUGUAAAAAGAAAAUUAAAUAUAUGAAGGAUGGUUUAAAAAUGGAUGUUAUAGUGGAACUGGAAAACUGAUAUUGCCCAACAAAGAUGUCUAUGUUGGUUAAUUUUCUGAAGGAUUGUUUUAAGGAGAAGGUCAAUAUGUGUGGGCAAAUGGUGAUAUUUAUAAAGGGAUAUACAAGGCAGGAAAGAGACAUGGAAUGGGAAUCUAUUAAAGUAAGCAUAAAUUUCAUUUGUUUUUAGCCAAAUAGUAUACAUACGAAGGAGAAUGGCUGGAUGAUUUAAAGGAUGGCUUUGGAGUGAUUACCUUAUAAGAUAAUAAUUGUAAGUACCAAGGAUAAUUUUCAUAAGAUGAGUUUGUGUUAAAUCAAGAUAUUAUUAUUAAAUUCCCAAAUGACAGCAUUUAUAAAGGAUAGAUUAAAAACUAUUAACCUCAUGGGAAGGGUUAUCUAUAAUUUAUAGAUGGGAAAAUAUAAGAUGGCAAUUUCAAGGAUGGAACUUUCAUUAUGGAAGAAGAAGUUGAAAAAUAAAAUGAUUAGAUUUCUCUCCCUUAAGUUAAUUAAAUUUAAGGAAAUAAUCUUUAGACAGAUUGUUAAAAGUAAUAAGAACAAGACAUUGAUAAAUCAAGCAAUCAAAAUGAGCAAUUGCAAUCAUAAAUCGAUGAUAGUUCAAAUAAAUCAUUAUGA